AUGGAGUCGCCUUCGUCGUCCCCAACUCUGCAGGAUCAUCUCUCCCAGCCAACUGGCCCCUUGCAUCUGAAAGUAUGGCAGGUCGUAUGCAUCGCCUUGGGAGUGUUCAUGGUGGUCGUCUUCUUUCUCACUGUUUGGCUCACUAUGCGGAGUAGGAAGAGGACCAGACGAGCAUCUGCAAAUAUUCCAAUCACACAAAUCCCUGCCAUUUCUAAGGAGAUCAAAGAAGUCAGAGUGGAGCAAGUCCCGGCGAGCGAAUAUGGGGCACAUGACGGAGUCCUGCUAACGAUCCAAGACAAGGCUAAUGACCGUGAAUCGGGCAAGGUCAUGGUCCAUUUGGGUGUAAGCAAAUCGAGACGUGGGGAUGAGAGCCACUCUGGAUCAUUCCGUUACACUGACAAGGACGCAGGCUUCCAGUCAGCCGAAGAAGGAGGGUCAGGAAAUUUCCGGCAAGCUUCAAACCAUGGAAUAACAGCUCCUUCACCUUUGGUUGGCAUGCCCGAGUUCUCUUACCUUGGUUUGGGUCAUUGGUUUACUUUGAGGGAUUUGGAAAUGGCUACUAACCGUUUUUCAAAGGAUAACAUUAUUGGUGAGGGUGGAUAUGGUGUAGUUUAUCGUGGCGAGAUCGUCAAUGGCACUCCUGUUGCUGUCAAGAAGCUUCUCAAUAACCUAGGGCAAGCUGAGAAGGAAUUCAGAGUAGAAGUUGAGGCUAUUGGUCAUGUUCGCCACAAGAACUUAGUCCGUCUUCUUGGUUACUGCGUGGAGGGUACUCAGAGGAUACUUGUCUAUGAGUAUGUCAACAAUGGAAACUUAGAGCAAUGGAUUCAUGGAGCUAUGAGUCACCGUGGCUCCCUUACAUGGGAGGCCCGUAUAAAGAUUCUUCUUGGGACAGCUAAAGCGCUUGCUUACUUGCAUGAGGCAAUUGAACCGAAAGUUGUACACCGUGACAUUAAAUCCAGCAAUAUUUUGAUCGAUGAUGAUUUUGACGCUAAAGUAUCAGAUUUUGGUUUAGCCAAGCUUCUUGGUGCUGGCAAGAGUCAUGUGACUACUCGGGUUAUGGGAACCUUUGGCUAUGUGGCACCAGAAUAUGCAAACACUGGACUUUUAAAUGAGAAAAGUGACAUUUACAGCUUUGGAGUUGUUAUUCUUGAGGCGAUCACAGGGAGGGACCCUGUUGACUAUGGUCGCCCAUCGAAUGAGGUAAAUCUUGUUGACUGGCUAAAGAUGAUGGUUGCUAGCAGGCGCUCAGAUGAAGUUGUGGAUCCCACCAUAGAGACACGCCCUUCUACUAGAGCUCUCAAGCGUGCACUUCUAAUAGCUUUGAGGUGCGUGGAUCCGGAUUCAGAGAAGAGACCAAAGAUGGGUCAAGUUGUGCGGAUGCUGGAGUCAGAUGACCCAAUUCCGCGUGGGGACAGGAGAUCCAGGCACAACCGUGGAGGGAGCACCGAGAUGGAUUCACAGAGGGACAAUAACUCCGACACGGACAAGAGUGACAACCCAGACUCCAAACCGAGCAGGAGCAGAGCCUCCUCCUCCAAAUGAGCACAUAGACGUUU